AUGACAAAACUCAAUGCAGGGAACCCAGCCUCAGAACCGCUUUUUUUCGUCGAAAACUUGGAAAUCUCUUUGGCCAGGUUCGACAGGUUUGCAUCUUGGUCUGGAAUCACGUUCACAAGCUCAACCAGCUUGCUAAGAUCGGUUUUCUUGAACUCGUCCAACGGCUUGUCCUCCUGCUCGAAGAUUUCUAUCAUAUACAGCACCAAAUCGCACGCCUCGUCGAACUUGCCAAACUCCAUCAAGAUCUUGGAACUUUGA